UACUCGCAUCCAAUCCAACCCCCCCGACUUACAAUGCGUUCAUGUUUCGGUAACAUCCCGUCCGAAGUACGCCUUCCGCUCCUACCUAUUUGAAAACCAAGCACUAAUCGAACAGACAUAGAUUCUAUACCAAAUAUUAUCCCAUCUUCCUCUCGCCCCCCUCAUCCGCCUAUGUCGCGCUUCAUCAUGUCUCGCCGCCGUGGUCCAAGAUUACGUCCAACACAGCAUCCUCUGCCACCAUGCGCCCAAAUCGCCCUAUAAACUGCAGCUCACCGUCUCCGAGCCGGCCCUCAUGACCAAACACGAUGACCUGGAGCUGACAUAUGCCGGCUGCCUGCCCCAAACAGAUCCCCUAGGGAGGGGGGCGGAGAAACGGGCCGAGCUGCGAUCAGAUUACAGUCGGUUUAAGGUGUGCAGCUCCCGGGGAAUGGACAGCGGAAAUAGUCUAGACUGGCCGACGAACGGGUUCAGCACUGUUAUAUGCCUCGACGAGCUGGACUCGUUGUAUCAGUUCCACACCAACAUGUACUACCAGAAGCGCGGGCCUCGCAGCGGUUUUUUCACGGGUGGUAAGGAAGAUCUGAAGACUGUGCGGUUAUGGAGGAACUGGUUGGGUAGUGAGGAAGAAGAAGAUGUGGAGCAGAGCCCGCGAGAGAAGGAUCAGAUUAUCUGGACGGGAUGCGCGCCCGAUGCGAUCGGGUUCACGGUCUCGGUGCAGCGACAUACUCCGUCUGGGGAGGAUGAAGACGCACUGCAGCUUUCUUCGGUUGGAGGGUCCAGAGAGGCGUGCGAAUUCUACAAGGUGAGGAUUGGGGAGGUGCUGGUUCGGAAUUCCUACCUGUUGGCUUUGCGGGAGAAUUUGGUCAAUUGAUUUCUUUUGGGGUGAGAGGCGUGGUGAUUGCUUUCCCUUGCAUUAUGAGUCAGUCUAGCAUUUCCUGCCGGGGUUCCUUUUCGAUCUUGUCAAUAUGAUACAUACCCCGACUAGGCUGAAAGCCCAUGCACGGCCGCAAUGUAGAAAUCCACGUGAUACCAUGCGUUGUAGAACACGAUGUUGAAUAAGAGAUUACCUAAGUUAGUGUAUUGUUUACAAAGUCCAUCGAUGACGACUUGGUCUGGCCGGGGCGGCUUGCUAAUAGUGCGCCAUAAGCCAAGCAAUAUCGGGCAAUCUCGAAGAAGCCGAUUGACUCAGCCGACCAAUCUUUGUCAUCCAUCUUAUCAGAUCCUAUUUUCACAAGGAGACGUGAAUAAGAAGAACCGGCGACUGAUAUGGUGGCACUCGAGUCCGAUGGCAAAUGGAGAACCAA